ACCUCACGUCGAGCACAUUUGUCCUUCUCAAAUUACUAUAAAGUGGCCAGUAUCAGAAUCCAUAGUAUCAUUCAGUGCAGCAGCAGCUUAGUGAAAACAAUCAAAAUGUUCAAGUCUAUGUUGGUACUCGCUUGCAUCGCGGCCGUGGCUGUGGCUUCCCCCGAGCCCAAGCCGGGCGUGCUGUACAGCGCGGCGUACACGGCGCCCGUGGCGGCGGCGUACACCGCGCCCGUGGCGGCCGCGUACACCGCACCGCUCGCCUACUCCGCGUACACCGCGCCGCUCGCCGCCUACUCCGCCUACCCCUACGCCUCGCCCUACGCCGCCUACUACCUGCGCAAACGUCUACCCAAAAUAGUAGCCUUUGCCACAUUACGUGCACUGUCCUUCGCGUAUUACUAUAAAGUUGGGUGCAAUUACAGCUUUGAUAUCAUUCAGUGCAUCAGCAUCAAAGUGACAACAACAAACAUGUACAAAUUCUUGGUACUCGCUUGCUUGAUAGCCGUGGCCGUGGCUUCCCCCGAGCCCAAGCCGGGCGUGCUGUACAGCGCGGCGUACACGGCGCCCGUGGCGACGGCGUACACCGCGCCCGUGGCGGCCGCGUACACCGCGCCGCUCGCCUACUCCGCGUACACCGCGCCGCUCGCCUACUCCGCCUACCCCUACGCCUCGCCCUACGCCGCCUACUACCUGCGCAAGUGAUCUGAACAAACCAAUGACAUCAAUAUGAAAAGCUAAUAAAUAAUAUGUUGAAGCAUAA